GACAAAAAUAAACACAGACGGAGUCGGAGUCGCACUGAGCCAGAAACGACCGCAGCCGCUGUGCCCUUGUUGUAAAAAAGAUAAGUUCGAGUGUCACUGGACUCAAUUGGCCGGUAAACGCUGCCGGAGUUGGUCUUCGCCAGAAACAGUGAGAAAGUCAUUCAACUUUCCCUUCCUUUUUAUUAAUAAACUUUCUUAAAUGCGAUUUCAGCGCAAUUCGCGGUCGCGACAGCAGAUCAGAACACCAUUCCGCACCAAACCGACGCAAUUGAAAACCUAAAUUGCAGCUACAUUAGAGAAUUAGGGUAUUAAUGUCCGCAAGUACAAUUUCAUUCAUACUCUAAUGAUUAACUGUUAAUGACAAAAAUUUCGUCAUGAGGCAUAGCCAUAGUUCAUUCCCACCACAAAUCUUAGAAAACAAACUCGCUUCUCAAGAAGCAGAAAUCGAGCGACUCGCCGGCGACAAUCACCGAUUAGCAAACACACACAAAGCCUUAAGAGAUGCACUUGUAACUGCUGCACAAGAUGUGCAAAAGAUAAAGUCACACAUUAGAAGCACUCAAACUGAAAGUGACAUUCAAAUUAGAGUGUUGUUAGAUAAGAUUGCGAAAAUGGAGGUUGAUAUUAGAGCUAGUGAUAGUGUAAAGAAGGAGCUUAAACAUGCUCAUAUUGAAGCUCAGAGUUUGGCAGCUUCUAGACAGGAAUUGAGUGCAGAAAUUCAGUUAGCUACUCAGGAAUUGAAGAUGGCUAUUGGUGAUGUUAACAGUUUGCCAGAUUUGAAGGGUGAAAUGGAUAGUUUAGUGCAAGAGCACCAGAGGAUACGUGACACGUUUGAAUAUGAAAAGAGCAAGAAUGUAGAGCUAGUGGAUCUAUUGAAAGCAAAAGAGAAGAAUCUAAUUGCGAUGGCAAGAGAAGUUGAGAUAUUACGGGCCGAAAUUUCGAAUGCUGAGAAAAGAAUAAAUGCACCAAAUCUGUUUAGAGCAGCUACGCCAGCAGAUGGCAGUGGUCCCUUUCACGAUUCUUACGGGAGAGCUCACGGCCAGAUGGCUAUUGGCCAAGUAGGAGAGUCUAUGGUACCAAUGGGUGACAGCAAUGGAGUUGGAGUUGUAAAUAGUACUGAUGGAAGCGGCGGUGCUGGUUGGGCAGGUCAAUAUGAUCCCUCUGUUGCUGGGAGGUAAUAAUGUUUAAUGAGUGACCAUCAAUCAUAUGCAGCUUGACUUCAGCAUUUGUUGGUACAAUGCACGAGGGAUGUGAUGAUUUUUAUGUAAAUCUCAGAUUGGGCAGCAUUAUUUGUAGCUCAUUUCCUUUAGAUAUUAUACAGUUUUGCAAAUUGUUGAAUUAAAUUUGCAAAUGAGAGCCUGAGAUAUUUUUUCAAAAAAAACUUAUGGUAAAGUCUUGUAACUUGUAAGCAUAUCCAUGUAGUACUAGUAGUGAGCUAUAUGUUGUAUUUUUUUAAUUAAUUUUUAACCUGGAGCAAGCAAUCUUCUUAUGAAA